AAGUCAAAUGCCAGGGAGAUCCACCGCGUAAUUAAAAGAAAUCCGAAAUCGAAUAUAAAAUAUUAAGAAAAAAUAAAUAAAUCAGGAUCCCACUUGAACUUGUUAGUGUAAGACCACUAGUAGAUCUGGAUCCGGCCCUAAACUUAACCCCUCUCAGGCUCUAGACUGUUAUAUAGCCAUGUCAAGAAGGCCUGUAAAUCCUGCUCGACGCCUUGUUGAUGGCGGAAGCAUCCCUUUUAUGGGUUCCGCGCAUUCCAAAUCACGCUCGUCACCCUUAUUGCCUGUUAUACUUUUAGCAGUGGGUGCAGUUCUCCUCAUUGGCUAUUUGUAUAGUGGGUCAGGUUUAGUAAUCAGUGAAAAGGAGGCAUUGAGUAAAAUUGAAGGUGAUGUUUCAUGCACGUUAGAAGUCCAGAGAGCAUUACCUGUUCUCAAGAAGGCAUAUGGUGACAGCAUGCGUAAAGUAUUGCAUGUAGGACCUGAAACUUGUUCAGUGGUAUCUAAAUUGUUGAAAGAGGAGGAUACAGAGGCAUGGGGUGUGGAACCAUACGACUUAGAUGAUGUUGAUGCCAACUGCAAGAGUCUAGUGCGCAAAGGCAUUGUGCGGGUGGCUGAUAUCAAAUUUCCUCUGCCCUAUAGGGCAAAGUCAUUUUCUCUAGUCAUAGUGUCUGAUGCUGUAGAUUACUUGACUCCAAAGUACCUCAACAAAACUCUUCCAGAAAUGGCAAGGGUAUCUGCUGAUGGUGUUGUUAUAUUUACCGGUUAUCCUGGUCAGCACAGAGCUAAAAUUGCAGAACUGUCCAAAUUUGGCCGUCCAGCCAAAUUGCGUAGUCCAUCUUGGUGGAUAAAGUAUUUUCUUCAGAAUAACUUAGAAGAUAAUGAAGCUGCCACAAAGAAGUUUGAGCAGGCUGCGGCAAAGAGGUCUUAUAAGCCAGCUUGUCAAGUUUUCCACAUCAAGUCACUUCAUUGAGAAUCUCAGUCUCAUAUCCUCUCUCGAUGAACUUGCUAUUAAAAACCAACAUGGCAAGAGACUUAGGCACCCGAAGGGUAAGUUACAUUUUGUGGUAACUUCAUUGCCGCAUUUUGUGUACCAAUCUUGAGAUAGUAGAUCUUUUGAUUCAAAUAUCAUUAGGGAAGUUAGUUCACAAAGAACUGGCUUCUGCCUUUAUGUAUUCUUUUGUUUUUGGUAUUUGCUGCUGUCCGGACGUGCUUUUUUUUUUUAUGAUCCUAGAACAAAAGUAAUGAUGGUUGUUUAAAUGGUAAGAAUUUAUUAUUAUGUGUCA